AUGUAAUAUCACCUUAACUAAAUUUCAGCAAUGUCUUAUAUUUAAAAAUUAGGUAUAAUUGUAGUUGCUGGAGACAAUAUUAAAUUAAUAAAUCUAUAAAAGGAAAAGGUUUAAUAAGAAAUUAAAACAGAAAAGUUUUUAAGAAUAUUUUAAUUGGUAUAUAAUGAGCAAGAUAAUAACUUAUACUAAUUCAAUCAAAAUAAAACAAUAUUCAGAUAUAGAUUAAAAGGAAGGAUGUUUAUAUUAGAUAAACAAUUUAAAUUAUAAUAUGAAUUUUAUCCUACUUUAGCUACAGUAACUCAUGAUAAUUAAACUAUCAUUAUUGCAGGAAUGGAUACCAAUUUAAUUGUGUUUUAUAAUAUGAUUAAUGACUGUUAGUUUAUGAUAGAACUUCCAAAUCCUGAACUUUAGAAUUAUUGUUUAUUAUAUAAUAAUAAAAAUAGAUGUAUUUUAACCUAAUCUUGUUUGAUAAAUGUUGAAAAUAAAAAAGUGAUUCGAUCAAUCAAUACCAUUUAUUAAAAGAUUAAAGGAUGGAGUAGAUGUGGUCAUUUUUAUUCAAAGUAAGAUAAAUAAAAAAUAUUUAUCACUUCUUCUUUUAAACAAAAAAUAUUGAGGAUUAUUUCUGAUGAUAAUUUCAUUCCUUAUUAAAUAUUUUCAGAAACAGGAAAAUAUUACUGUUUAUAAAGAUCAUAGAAUAAAAUAGAACUCUAUGAUAUUUCUACUGGUAUCAGUCACUUUAUUAUUGAGAAGAAUUUAUAGAAUUGUACCAAUUUAUAAUUUCAUGAAAAUGACUAAGUUUUUUCAGCUAUUGUUAAUGAUAAAUCAAUUUAUAUAUGGUAUAUGAAUUAAAUUAUUUGA